CUGUUAACCCUCCCUCUUCUUCCUGCUCUCAAACACAGUGAGCUCCACUCUGUCCACAUGUUUCCUUGUUCCCUCCCCUUCAGAUCUACAGUUUGAAGAUGGGUGGAACCAACAUGUGGUGAAGUGCAAGAGCUGACAGGAACCAUUCACUGCAGAAACACAUGAUGUUUAGAUCAGAGCUCAAACUAGUUUCAGUUCUCAGAAAGUGAAACUCAGACAGUCAUUGUCACUGAGAGGAGAAAUGGCGCAGAAAGGAGUUCAGCUGGACCAGGAAACCUUCUCCUGUUCGAUCUGUCUGGAUCUACUGAAGGAUCCAGUGACUAUUCCCUGUGGACACAGCUACUGCAUGGACUGUAUAAAACUCUUCUGGGAUGAAGAAGAUCAGAAGAAAAUCCACAGCUGCCCUCAGUGUAGACAGACCUUCACACCGAGGCCUGUCCUGGUGAAAAACACCAUGUUAGCAGUUUUAGUGGAGGAGCUGAAGAAGACUGGACUCCAAGCUGCUCCUGCUGAUCACUGCUAUGCUGGACCUGAAGAUGUGGCCUGUGAUUUCUGCACUGGAAGAAAACUGAAAGCUGUCAAGUCCUGUUUGGAUUGUCCUGCCUCUUACUGUGAGAAACACCUGCAGCCUCAUUAUGAAUCUCCAUCAUUUGAGAAACACAAGCUGGUGGACCCCUCCAAGAAGCUCCAGGAGAACAUCUGCUCUCGUCACGAUGAGGUGAUGAAGAUGUUCUGUCGUACUGAUCAGCAGUGUAUCUGUUAUCUCUGCUCUGUGGAUGAACAUAAAGGCCACGACACAGUCUCAGCUGCAGCAGAAAGGACUGAGAGGCAGAGAGAGCUGGAGCUGAGUCGACUAAAAAUCCAGCAGAGAAUCCAGGACAGAGAGAAAGAUGUGAAGGAGCUUCAACAGGAGGUGGAGGCUAUCAAUCGCUCUGCUGAUAAAACAGUGGAGGACAGUGAGAAGAUGUUCACUGAGCUGAUCCGUCUGAUGGAGAAAAGAAGGUCUGAUGUGAAGCAGCAGAUCAGAUCCCAGCAGAAAACUGAAGUGAGUCGAGUCAAAGAGCUUCAGGAGAAGCUGCAGCAGAAGAUCACUGAGCUGAAGAGGAAAGAUGCUGAGCUGAAGCAGCUCUCACACACAGAGGAUCACAACCAGUUUCUACAUAACUACCCCUCACUGUCACAACUCAGUGAAUCUACAGACUCAUCCAGCAUCAAGAUCCGUCCUCUGAGGUACUUUGAGGAUGUGACAGCAGCUGUGUCAGAGCUCAGAGAUAAACUACAGGACAUUCUGACAGAGAAAUGGACAAACAUCUCACUGACACUGACUGAAGUGGAUGUUUUACUGUCACAACCAGAGCCCAAGACCAGAGCUGAGUUCUUAAGAUAUUCACAGGAAAUUACACUGGAUCCAAACACAGUAAAGACACAUCUGUUAUUGUCUGAGGAAAACAGAAGAGCAACGCUAACAUGUAAACAACAGUCUUAUUCUAAUCACCCAGACAGAUUCACUAAAUGGUGUCAGGUCCUGAGUAGAGAGAGUCUGACUGGACGUUGUUACUGGGAGGUGGAGUGGACAGGAAGAGGAGUUCAUGUAGCAGUCGCAUACAAGAAUAUCAGGAGAGCAGGGUACUCGGAUGAAUGUAUAUUUGGACGCAACAACAAUUCUUGGGCAUUAAAUUGUAAACAAAAUUGUUAUGAAUUUUGGUUCAACAAUAUCCAAACUCCAGUCUCAGGUCCUCAGUCCUCCAGAGUAGGAGUGUACCUGGAUCACAGAGCAGGUAUUCUGUCCUUCUACAGCGUCUCUGAAACCAUGACUCUCCUCCACAGAGUCCAGACCACAUUCACUCAGCCUCUCUAUGCUGGACUUUCACUUUAUUCUUCUUAUGGAGACACUGCUGAGUUCUGUAAACUAACAUAAGACAAAAGUCAUUUAAGGGUCUGUGGGUCAAAAUCUGUAUUUUAGUUCAUCAGUUUAUUUUGUCUCCAUGUUUGUUCAUUGUUGUGUCAUUUCUGCACAGAGAUCACCUGUCAAUCAAUCAAUGAUUGUCAGCUCUUUAUUAUCUUUUGUUCUAUUGUUGUUGGUUCUCUUCCACUGCAUGGACCUUAGCAGAGAAAUCACCAGACCUUUAUUAUCUUCUCUGACUGUCUUGACACCACUGCAGGUGCAUGUGUUUACUUGUUGAUUCAGUUACAUGAACAGGCGUGAUGAUCCAUGUAUCAAGGGAAGGGUUCCACAGAGGCUGCACGUACUUUUGUGCUACACCACUGACUGUACAAAAUAAACAGGUUUUUAUUUUAUGUUAUUGAGUGGCUAAACACUCACGAGCAACACUAACACCAUGCUGGCAUACGUGUUAUGUUGUUUGUUUAAUCUAAAUGAGUUUUAAUUCACGGUUACUCCUUGUCCUGGAAUGUAACAAAGCCUGAUAACCCUCCCUCUUCUCUCUGCUCCCAAACACAGCUGAGACUUUUCCUUGUUCCCUUCCCUUCACACAUCUGACAACUAUUUGUUAAUAAUGGUGGCCUGCUUCAUUCAUGUCUUUCUGGAUUCAGAAUUGUGACAAAUAACUUGCUUGAUGCAAUGAUAUUUGUUGAAACCCAUUUGAAGCUUGGAGUGCUGGUUUGGCUCAGGUUGAUUCUGAAUUUGACCUGUUAAAUAAAUAUGUAGAAAAAUUAUUGUCCUGCAGUUUUGCUAUUUGAAUGAGAGUUUUGUCUGAUUACUGCAGAUCAUUCUUCACCUAUUCUUUAACCAAUAAAAGUAACUAAAGUGAAUUUGAAGAAAGCUGAGAGAAAUAUGGCACCAUUACCAAACUAUGGGGCGUCGAAGUAUUUGGCAUGAAGCAUGAGGAAACAAAGUUUUAAUUCACCUUGCUGCUCCUCAUCCUGGAAUGUAGUAAAACCUGAUAACGCUUCCAUCUUUAGUGCAUUUUGUCUAAUUGAUUGUAUUGUAUGUAUCA